CCGGAAUAGUCCUAAGAAGAUUUAUCGCCAUCCUAAAUCCUCUACAUAGCAGGAACAUUGGGGACUAAUUCCUCGUAAGGUCUUAACUGUCAUCUAAUAGUGCUGACCAUCCGUGCUAUUUACUUUGCUUUCUAGAACCGACGAGCAGUCUUCGUGAUACUCUGGAGAGCAAUGGACAACCUUCAAAAUAUCAACAGCCCUGAGGAGUUAGGGGGGCUUUUGAAAUCCUGUUUAGAGUCACAGCAGCACGACUUACAAGUGAAGUGCCCCGAGUCCUUUCUUUACACACAGGCAAUCGAGAAUCUGCUCAAAUCAAGGCCUAAGGGCAAUCGUGUGUGGUGGACCUACGAUGCAGAGAACGGUAUUUUAAAGGUGUCUAUUGUGUCGCGGCCACUGCAUGAUGCGACCACUUCACUCGCUUUUGAUUUCAUGGCUCAUGCCCAAGACGGCCAGUUCAUUCCUUCAGAUCUCCACCAACGAUUAGUAUUGAGUCGCCGGGGCUUCAUAAUGACCUUACCGCCUGCCCCAGAAACGCGUUCCAAUAAAGCACAUGCUUGGAUCAAGUAUCCCGAUGUUUCGAUUGUUCUUCGAGCCAGUCAACGUAUCCCAGUGGUGGUGUUCGAGACGGGUUUCACUGAAGAUGCAAUCGACCUAGAAUCAGACGCUAUCCAAUGGCUACUACGUUCCGAUGGCCAAGUCCAGCUUGUCAUCGCAAUUGAGAUCAGGGAGGACACGAGAACACGAGACAUUCUCAGAAAAGAGCCUCCCGCGACUAGACGACUCCUCCAGCUAAUCCGCUCGUUUGGAACCGAUGCCUUGAAGGAAAGCUACGGCAUCUCUACCUCUGACGAUGACCCGUCAGACUCAGACCCGGAGUUAUAUAAAUCAAUACGGAAAAUGAUCACGGUUACCGAUUGGGUCGGACCUAUCUCGGUGGUCAUGACUUUGUGGGAACUUUGUGGAACAACCCCUGUGGUCAGAGAAAAGUUGGUUGUUUUACCCCGUCCAGAGUCGCCCCAGAAUCCCUCAGUCAAGAUUACCGACCUCUUUCCGACGGAUUUCCAACCGUUAAUCGAAGAUUUCAACCCAAACCUGGUUAAGGAGAUCGAUCUUGAGUAUUAUCGGGAGCUGCUCUCAGACGCCACGGAAGACCAUGCGUUCGAGCGAGCGGUUAAGUUUUUGCGCUCUUAGCGAUACCUUUUAUCUCUGGGAGCUGGUUCUCUCUAAAUGAUUCAUUAUAUUGCUUUCG